AUGGCUCGUACAAAACAAACAGCUCGUAAAUCGACCGGUGGCAAAGCCCCACGCAAGCAGCUUGCUACCAAGGCUGCCCGUAAGUCAGCACCUGCCACUGGUGGCGUGAAGAAACCACACCGUUACCGUCCGGGUACAGUUGCUCUUCGUGAAAUUCGUCGGUACCAAAAGUCGACCGAGCUUUUGAUCCGUAAGCUUCCUUUCCAGCGUUUGGUGCGUGAAAUUGCUCAAGAUUUCAAGACGGAUCUGCGUUUCCAAGGCUCGGCUGUGCUAGCGCUACAGGAGGCCGCUGAGGCUUACCUUGUGGGUCUAUUUGAAGACACGAACCUUUGUGCUAUCCACGCAAAGCGUGUCACUAUCAUGCCCAAGGACAUUCAGUUGGCUCGUCGUAUCCGUGGCGAACGCUCGUAA